GCGGUCGCAUCGACCACGGACAUCACGAGAAUCGGGCUGCGCUGGCGCUGCGCGAGACAUCGGAGUUCAGCGAUGCGGUGGCCGCGGCCCUGGAGCUGGUUGACGUGCGCGAAACCCUGGUGCUGGUCACCGCUGACCACUCGCACUCGUUCACCAUGAACGGCUACCCUGCAAGGGGAAACCAUAUCCUGGGAUUUGCCGGAAUCUCCGAGAAGGACGGUCUUCCUUACACCACACUCUCUUACGCCAACGGGCCCUCGACGACCAAGAGGAAGGCCGACGUGAACACGGAGGCCGUGGACUACCAGCAGGUGAGCGCCGUCCCAUUGCGGCUAGAGACGCACGCUGGUGAAGACGUGGCGCUGUACGCCAUUGGCCCAAUGGCGCACAUGGUGCACGGAGUCUUGGAGCAGCACAUCGUUGCCCAUUUGGUCGACUACGCCGCGUGUCUCGGCGACGGCGCCCGGCUGAGAUCACGGUGUCAGGAGCAGAGAGCCUCUGCGGCUCCGACGGUGGCCGAUUCCUCGUUAGCACGCAUCGUCAGCGUGCUUGUGUCACUCGCGGCGUCCUUGGUCAUGCUGCGGUAGAGACGACGCCGUCAGCUGCGCACUCUACGUCGAACUUUUCGUACGAAGACAAGUACUGCAAGGAUAGACGUUAUUGAAACAGCGUUCAUAUCGGGGCUGGCCUCGAAGCCGUUUUAAGUAAGCUCGCCCAGCUUAAAAAUCGCGCACUUGCGCGUUAAUGAAGUUUUGAUUUAGUUUAGGACCAAUCUAUCUAACACACACAACAUGCAACGCCGCAGAAGCGAUGCAAGGUUAGCAUUUCUCGUUUUUUAAAAUGGGCGUCUUUGUGCGUUUUGUAGUUAUAAAUGAUUCAACAAUCCUUGAGUGAGCCUCACUUAAGGCAGCUUGGUGAACUACAAAUAGUAAUAAUAAUAAAAACACUCAAGAGAACAGCA